UUUCAGGGUGAUCUGGUACAUGUUAAAGAAUUAAGUACCAAGGGUUUUGAGAUGAAAUCAAGAAUGAUGGACUAUAUUAAAAUGAUGCGAGAUCUCCGUCAUGAAAAUAUCAACCCGUAUGUGGGUUUACUGGUAGAUCCUGUUAAACCCGCCUUAGUUACAGAAUACUGUAGUAGGGGUAGUUUACAGGAUGUCAUUAGAAAUGAAGACAUCAAACUUGACUGGGAUUUUAAAUACAGCCUUAUUAUAGAUUUAGUCAGGGGAUUACGUUACCUUCACAACAGUAGUUUAAAAUACCAUGGUUACCUAAAAUCAACCAAUUGUGUUAUAGACAGCCGCUGGGUAUUAAAACUUACCGAUUACGGGUUGCCCGGUUUCCUCGGCCGGGUCAGACAAACUAGAGAACAGUCAGCCACAGAUUUGGUUUGGACAGCGCCAGAAUUCCUGCGAGAAGUUAACAACCAGAUCCAUAAAGGUUCUGAAAAGGGCGAUGUUUUUAGUUUUGCUAUCAUUAUGCAGGAAGUAGCGUUAAGAAGUGACCCCUACAGUUCUACUGGACUCACCCCCCAAGAAAUUAUCAAGAAAUUAAAGAAGCCCCCUCCAUUGAUCAGACCGUCCGUAUCCCCCCAGUUUGCCCCACCCCCCUAUAUUCAAUUGAUGAAACAGUGUUGGUCAGAGUUACCUGACAUGAGACCUGGUAUUGAAGAGAUUUACGACCAAUUUAAAAGAAUUACCAGUGGAAAGAAAGCAAAUAUUGUAGACACAAUGUUUCGAAUGUUGGAGAAAUAUUCCAAUGAUCUUGAAGAAAUUGUAAAUGAAAGAACAGUCCAGCUGGAAGAGGAGAAAGUAAAAACUGAUCAACUUCUGUCAAGAAUGUUACCCCCAGCCGUUGCAGACUAUCUGAAAUCAGGAAAACCAGUGGAAGCCGAGACAUUUGCCGAAGUAACGAUAUAUUUUAGUGAUAUCGUAGGCUUUACAACAAUCUCUGCUAUGAGCACGCCCAUGCAAGUGGUUGACCUUUUGAAUGACCUUUAUACUAUGUUUGAUGCCACGAUUGAACAGUAUGAUGUUUAUAAGGUUGAGACAAUAGGAGAUGCUUACAUGGUGGUCAGUGGUCUUCCAACUCGAAUUGGAUACAAACAUGCAGGGGAGAUAAGCACCAUGGCACUGGAUCUACUCAGUCAGUGUGGUACCUUUAAAAUUCGACACAUGCAUGAUGUGCCUCUAAGACUUCGUAUUGGUCUGCACACAGGUUCGUGUGUGGCCGGUGUUGUAGGAUUAACAAUGCCUCGAUACUGUUUAUUUGGAGAUACUGUCAACACAGCUUCCAGGAUGGAAUCCACUGGGACAGCAUCUCGUAUUCAUGUGAGUGAAGAGACGAAGGAAGUUCUGUAUGUAUUAGGUGGUUAUAAAUUAGAAUUUAGAGGCAUGGUUGAACUCAAGGGAAAAGGAAAACGUCCAACUUACUGGUUAACUGGUAAAGAAGGUUUCACCAAACCACUCCCAGAACCACCAGAAUUGGGGUAA